UUAUUAUGCAGUGCAGUGCUAGCUCAUUUUAAUUUGAAUGAGAGAUUACACAUCUUUGGUAUGCUUGGAUGUGCUCUUUGUGUGGUUGGCUCUACAACCAUUGUCUUACAUGCUCCAAAGGAAAGAAAUAUUGAAUCUGUCAAACAAGUUUGGCAGCUUGCAACAGAGCCAGGAUUCAUUGUAUACUUUUGGGUCGUUUUGGUUGUUGUAGCAGUGAUCAUUUUUCGAUAUGUUCCACGCUAUGGCCAAACCCAUUUGAUAGUUUAUAUCGGGAUCUGCUCCCUCAUGGGAUCUCUUACGGUAAUGGGUGUUAAAGCAGUAGGAAUCGCACUGAAGCUGUCGUUUGGAGGCAUGGAUCAAUUUAAAUACUAUGAAACCUGGAUAUUCACAGCAAUUGUGAUCUUUUGCUGUCUUCUGCAAGUAAAUUACUUGAACAAGGCUCUGGACACCUUUAACACUGCUGUUGUAUGUCCUGUUUACUAUGUCAUGUUCACAACACUCACCAUUUUUGUCAGCAUGAUCAUGUUUAAGGAUUGGGAUUCACAAGGUGGGACAGAGAUUGCAACGGAGCUAUGUGGAUUUAUUACAAUAAUAUCAGGAACAUUCCUCCUCCACAAAACCAAAGAUAUGGGAAACAGUUCCAAUGGCAUACUCCCUGUGUAUACAACUUCUGAUCCUAUCCCCAUCUCUAGUUCAAGAUAGUCAGCCCAACAGGUUCGAAAUUCGAAUUCAGAUUCUAAUUCUGCGCCCUCUUGUUUCAGAUAUUGCUUUUAGUUUCAUGCAAGUGAG